AUGACAAACCUCGACAAGAAACCUCCGGGUUCACCUCGACAAGAAACCUCCGGGUCCACCUCGACAAGAAACCUCCUGGUCCACCUCGACAAGAAACCUUCUGGUCCACCUCGACAAGAAACCUCCUGGUUCACCUAUACAAGAAACCUUCUGGUUCACCUCGACAAGAAACCUCCGGGUUCACCUAUACAAGAAACCUUCUGGUCCACCUCGACAAGAAACCUCCUGGUUCACCUAUACAAGAAACCUUCUGGUCCACCUCGACAAGAAACCUCCGGGUUCACCUCGACAAGAAACCUCCGGGUCCACCUCGACAAGAAACCUCCGGGUCCACCUCGACAAGAAACCUCCGGGUCCACCUCGACAAGAAACCUCCGGGUCCACCUCGACAAGAAACCUCCUGGUUCACCUAUACAAGAAACCUCUGGAUCCACCUCGACAAGAAACCUCCGGGUCCACCUCGACAAGAAACCUCCGGGUCCACCUCGACAAGAAACCUCCGGAUCCACCUCGACAAGAAACCUCCGGGUCCACCUCGACAAGAAACCUCCGGGUCCACCUCGACAAGAAACCUCCGGAUCCACCUCGACAAGAAACCUCUGGAUCCACCUCGACAAGAAACCUCCGGGUCCACCUCGACAAGAAACCUCCGGGUCCACCUCGACAAGAAACCUCCGGAUCCACCUCGACAAGAAACCUCCGGGUUCACCUCGACAAGAAGCCUCCGGGUCCACCUCGACAAGAAACCUCCGGGUCCACCUCGACAAGAAACCUCCGGAUCCACCUCGACAAGAAACCUCCGGGUCCACCUCGACAAGAAACCUCCGGAUCCACCUCGACAAGAAACCUCCGGGUCCACCUCGACAAGAAACCUCUGGAUCCACCUCGACAAGAAACCUCCGGGUCCACCUCGACAAGAAACCUCCGGAUCCACCUCGACAAGAAACCUCCGGAUCCACCUCGACAAGAAACCUCCGGAUCCACCUCGACAAGAAACCUCCGGGUCCACCUCGACAAGAAACCUCCGGAUCCACCUCGACAAGAAACCUCCUGGUCCACCUCGACAAGAAACCUCCUGGUCCACCUCGACAAGAAACCUCCGGAUCCACCUCGACAAGAAACCUCCUGGUCCACCUCGACAAGAAACCUCCGGGUCCACCUCGACAAGAAACCUCCGGGUCCACCUCGACAAGAAACCUCCGGAUCCACCACUAG